UUCUGAUAAAUCACAUAUAGAGUGUUGUUGUGUGACUCUGAGAAAUCUGUAAUCUGUUGGGUUUGUUUGAAUGGCGAGUAGCUGGAGAAGAACGUUGGGCAACAUCAGGUCCUUCGUCAGCAAUUCCAUGGGCGGUCUCAGGGGCGGAAGCAACCUUGCUUCUUGGGUGGUCGCCGGAACCCUAGCCUACUUCCUCUGGAUCAAACCCUCCCAAGAUCUCAAGCGUCAACAACAGGAACAGGCCGCGCUCGCCGCCGCCGAGGCUGAUCCUUAUCGCUACGUCGAGACUCGGAAACCGAUUCCCGAUCCUCAGGUUACGGGUUUGAUAUAUGGCAACAAAAACAAGGACAAAACAAGCAGACCAGAGGAUUAACAUGUCAUGUGAGUGACUUUGUUGCCUUACUUGCACUCACUCUCCUAUACACCAUUCCAAAGCGUUAAUGAACAUUAGGUAGUAGGGGGCAUGACUUCAUGUUGAUUCAUGAUCUUCCUGGCAGGGGUCACAACGGGAAUAACUAACAGUAUGGCAUAUCUUGUGUUUUGAUCCAGGGUUGGCUUCAACUUGCCAUAGUUCAUCGAUUGCUAAAUAUUACUGUUUAUUGUAUUCGUGUUGCCGACAACAUACUAUAUGAUUGAUGAUACAGUAACUUAGGUUGUCUGUUUUACAUAGCAGCAGUGCUCUUUCAGUCAGGCUUUUCUUUCAUGUGUCACAUUAUUAUUAUUAUUUGAGAAUCGGCAUCUGUAAUAAUCCAUCCUUCAGGAGGCAUGUUUUUGUAAUGAAUAAGUCCUUCUUCCAUUACAAUUUACACAUGCAGCAAUGUCAAGGACAUGUUCAUCAUUCA